AUGAGUAGCCCAGCCCCAACGGUUAUUUCUACCGUCACCGAGCUCAUAGCUACUACAACGAUAUCGACAAUUCAGCCAACCAAGACAGUUUAUGACAGAGAUCCUUACCUAGACUAUCAACCUGCGUUUGCGUACAGCUUACCCGUCCAGUUUCUCCUGACUGGAGCCAUCCUAGCCGUCUGUAUCAUCCUGCUCAUACAUCUUGUGUUCACAGUACCCUAUCAUUGGCCUCUCGCAAGACUUAACUAUGUGCUACAAAUGGCAGGAGUUUGCUCGCUAUUGCUCAAUUUAGGCAUUACACUUAGUGUCAUACUUUCGGACGUGCAUGCUACUAGUCGGGAGUGGCCCUACAUGCUCAACUAUGUCGCUGUCGAUGUUCCAUUAACAAAUUGGACUCAAGUUGGUGCAGGAUGGUGGUAUGCUCUUGAUGCAGUCACCUCGGGCUUGGCACAUAAGCAUGGCGUACCGAUGGCGGCACUGCUAUUUUUGGUCGCUAAAGUUCCGCCAGUUUGGGUUCCGCCUUUACUCUGGGGAGUUGUAUUAUGGCAGAGUUUCCUAGGAUGGUGGUGGUACGUUGGAUCUGCCGCACCAGAGCCCCCUCCUCGUGUACGCAGUAAGAAGAAGCGCAAAGGAAAAGGCCGAGGGGGAGAAGAGGGAACUCGGCUGGGAAGAGUAAAAACCCGCCUUGGCUUUGGGGAUGGCGAUAAUCAAAAACUGAGAAGAAGGGCAAGAACAGGCGAAGCAAACCUAAAUGCCUCAUCCUCGCAAGAGCGUGACCAUACUAGAAACUCUAGAUCCUCAUCACCUGAUUGGAGCUCCGCUAACGAAAAGAACCAGCCUCUACCACCCAAAGCGCCACCAACAAUAUGGUCCUCCAUGGCAAAUCGUAUACCAGAUGUCAUCUGGUCGUGGUUCCACCGACUGCGGCAAGAACAUAGGAAUGCUGCCGAAUUACAAGCCGUUGAAAACGAACAAAAACGAUUUGAAGUAUAUGGCGACGAACGCUCGAGAGGAGUUCCGGGAAGUGGCUGGGGCCUAGGAAGUUAUGCUCUACGAGCAGAUCCGGCAAACGAAGAAUACGAUCGCCACGAUAGGUCAAGGAGCAAUAGACUUCCGGAUGAGACAGACGACAAUGACAUCGAGCUACGAAACAUGGGAGACUCUGACGACCGUGAAAACCGUGCACAGCUAGUAUGGGAUGAGGAGGAGGAAAGAAGAAGAUCUAGACCCAGAAAUAAACCUACGAGACCUGAAUUACAACGGCUUAGCACCCCUGGCACCUCAUGGAGUUGGAAAGGACCGUUCCAAAAAUGGAGGCUAAGAGACGCAAGCACUUAUUGA